AUGGAGAACGGAGAAGGACUAACGCUCCCUGAGGGUCCCCAGCAUCGCAACGGGGUGAUUCCAUUUCAGAUGGCGCCGCCUGCUUCCGCCGCGGCACCUCUGAACCCCCCCCGCGCGGCUGCGUAUCAGAUGGACCCUCCGAGGACAGUUGGUCCGCCGGAGCGAGGCCCCUCAAGAGCAGAGGCGUCCUGGACUGGCUGGAAGGCGGCGCGUGAGAAGCGCCGCAUUCGCCAGAUCCUAGGUGCCGCCAUGAGGCUCGCCCGGCGCCGACAUGGUCCUUCCUCCAAUCCUACCACCGACAACCAGGGUCCCCCGCACGGGAUCACCCCCCUGGUGGGCCCCGCCACAGCCCAAACCCCCUCUUUCGGAUCCGCCACCAUCCGAAACCAGCACCCCGAUGGUCCUCGGCAAUCUGAGACUGGCCCCUCUGAGGCAGUCUCCAGCAGCAUUGUCCCUGCCAAUUCCGGCCACGAGCUCGAAGACCAGCGUGAGAUCAGCGCGCUGAGCAACGAACUCGGUGAUGCCGAAGGGACAAUUGCCGGCCAAGAGAUGGCGAUGACUGACUCCACGCCAACGGAGUCGUCUUCGCAGCCGAGGACCGACGGCGGGGUCACCGUCCCUGAAGAGACUAGCCGCCAGGACAAUGCAGAAGAGAUCGCAAUCCUCUCAGUCCAGUUCGAUUUCCUCGAGGCUAACUAUCAGGAAGCCAAGAGCGAACUGAAGGAGGCUGCGGGCGACGCAGAUGCGCUCUUCCGCUGGCGGGUCACGUACGAGGGCGACGGUGACACUUGGAGGGCGCUGUUGGACCUCGUGGAAGAAGCCGCCGACAAGCACCUUUCUCAGCGCCACCGAGAUGGGCAGGCCCGUCUCGACGAACUCCUUGACGAACAAGCCAAUUUACUUGGCAUGGAGUUCCUCAAGCGCAGGCAGAAGCACGGCCGGCGUGCUAUGCCAAGAAAGGUUGCGACUCGAUCGGCUCCACGAGGUUCGCAAUCAACGAAGCGGCUGAAGAACGCCACAGAGGUCAAGAAGAACUCGUCGGCAUCCACCCCAGCGACCGGCCCCACCGCUUCGAGUCCAUCCCCCCUAGUCAGCCGCAGGCUGGGCAACGGUGAAGGCCCUAGCUCCGGUGAGAGCGAGGCGAGCCAGACUGCGUCCAACGGUGAGCUGAACCCGCCUACCAAUGACUCCGACGGUGCCAUGAUCUCCGCGCCCGUUACUGCCAGUGCGUCGUCAGAUGCAACUCCGCUGGCGAGUCAAGAGUCAUUGGAGGCUGGCUCGCUCUUGGACGCCUUCGAGGCUACCUGCGGCGCCCUUCAGCCGCUCGAGAUCACCCCGUCAGUUCCUUCGCCCGUGGAGGAUCAUGACAUGAUGGCGAAUCCCGCCGAGGGCCAGAUCGCCGAGUCGAAUCAACCCCAGGAUGAGUCACAGUCCGGGGAAGAUUUGGCUCAGCAUGACGGCUACAUGGAAUGGCUGGGGACCGAGGAGUCCCUCUCGAUUCCACAGGGAGCAAUGAGUGCGCCAGCUGUCCAACAGCCGUCUCAGACCCCUAUGGAGAUCGAUUACCCUCGGCCCAGCCAUCCGAAAGCAGAAAAGCGCAUGGGACCCGUGGAGCCAUGGACAGAGCGAAAGAAGCAGAUCACCAGAGCCACGGUCGUCAAGGCCGGCUCUGGGCUGCUUGCUCGGAUUGACAACAUCCAGCCAAUCGCACCCACCGGGUGCGUCGGGCAAGUCGCAGAAGACACGGCAGUCCACGUGCCUGUCCCAGCGCCCCCAGUGCCGCAAGCGCACACCCCGAGCGUCGAGACCGAGGAGGCGCCUACUCUGGAAGUUGGGAGUCAACCCGCUGUUCCAGAGCCAGCUCUCAUCGUCCCAGAGCCCUCCGCCGAGGUCCCGCUCGAGGCGGCUAUGAGCGUGCCAGCUGUUCCGCAGCCAGCUCUAGCCGAGAAAGUGCGCUUGGCGGCUCUUCCGACGGAAGUGCCUAUCCAGGCAACCGUGAGUGAGCCCGCUGGGUCUCAGUGGCUUCAGACUGUUUUGGCCGCCAAAGCGAAGGUCGCCACCGACGGAGUUGUGCGUGAGCUUGCUGCCUCGCAGCAAGCCCCCACUGCCUCGGAGCCUUCGAGCCAGACAGUCACGAGCGCUGUGGCCCAGCCGACUCCGGUUGUUCUGGAUGGCACGGAGAAGGUCGCCGUCCAGGCAGUCGUCAGUGAGCCUGCUCUCUCCCAGCAGGCUCCUGCUGCCCUGAAGCCUUCUCCGUCGGAAGAAGAUGACUCUGCUCGGUCUGACUCUGACGACGACGAAUGGUGGCCUGCUCUUCAAUGGCAGGCCACUUCGGAGUCAGACCCGUCUGACGAAGAAUGGUGGCCCGCUUUUGAAAGCCAGGCCCCUUCGGAGCGGACUGGGAUUCGCCAACGCCGACCAUGCCCGGAUCCUACCCUCUUGACACGCUCGAUGAGGUUGUGGAGGCUCCAGCUGCUACGGAGCUGGCCCCCACCCGAUCAAAGUCGACGUCGCCAACCUCCACUGGGGAAGGCCCGAUCAAGCCGCCUGCUUCUAGGCCGGCUCGGGAGGAACCAGACUGGAGUUGGCUGA